AUGCCUGACGACACAUCCAAAUCAGCAUCUAUCCCCUCAUGGCAGAGGGCCAAUGAGACGGUCGAUGAGUCGCCAUCACCGACCUCCAACGAUGCGCCCGCAACUACAGCCUCCACAUCCCGACAAGCUCUCCUAGACCAAGCAUCCAAAUUUCUAGAAGACGAGUCAAUCCGCGAUGCACCAACAGACCGCAAGGUCUCAUUCCUUGAGUCGAAAGGCCUAAACUCAGACGAUAUCGAGCAGGUCCUCGGCGUCUCCCGCAAUGCAGAGGCGACCAAUAGCUCAACCGUGGCCAAGGACAAAACACAGGAAGACACACCAUCUAUUUCACCUACUCAACCUGAACCCACCCCCUCUCUUCCUGUUACCUCUUCAUCAUCCUCCAACACUAUGCCUCAAUCGCAACCAAAACCAGCGCCAACCCCCGCCUCCCGCGACGUCCCCCCAAUAAUCACCUACCCCGAAUUCCUCUUCGAGUCAUCCAAACCACCUCCCCUUGUAACAAUGCGCAAUCUCCUGUACACACUAUAUGGCGCUGCCGGCCUAGGAGCAAGUCUCUACGGUGCAAGCGAGUACCUAGUGAAACCAAUGCUAGCGAACCUGACGAGCGCACGAUACGAGCUCGCUAGCACAGCAGAAACGAACCUGCAAAAGCUAAACGAGAAACUGGAGAAGACUGUAUCCGUGAUCCCGGCUGAGUUAACAGCUCGGAAGAUCAAGCCCUACAGCGACGAAGAUGACGACGCUUCGUCAAUCACCUCAGACCCAACUGAGCUGUUCCACCGGGAUGUCGCAACGCAGACAAGUCCAGAGCCCACUCCAGUUUCCAGCACCACCGGCGCCAUCAACUCGGCGGACUCGGCGGCCUUCUCUCCAUCGACGGCGGUCAACACCCACGUCAGCCGCGUUGAGUCUAUUACCUCGAAGCUACGCGAGAUUAUCGACGAGGAGAAGAAUGCGAGUACGCUAGAUGACUCUAUGCGCACUCGGCUCACGGAGCUACAUCAGUACUGUGAUGGGUUGAUUUAUAGUGGUCCUACAUACUCAUCUGGGUCGGCGUAUGGGGUCUGGAGUCCCAAUAACUCAAGUGAUAGCUCUGGUCUGCGGAAGGCGGAGGAUGAGGCUAUUGCUGGGUUUAGGGCUGAUAUUCGUGGUGUGAAGGGUGCGCUGUUGAGUGCGCGUAACUUCCCUGCUAGCCGGGGCGGACGACUUGGUGGUCUUCCCGUCCGUGGACGGUGA